AACUUUUUUAUUUCUUUUAACUUCAACUUUAAUCAUCAGAGCGCAACAAGAUCAAAGGAAACAACCUCGAUACAAUGUAACAAACAUGCGCGCGUGUCAGGCGGGACCGUGCUCCAAUCCACAGUUUUGUGCACUUUUGCAUAACGGACUGUGUGUGUGUGUGUGUGUGUGAGAGAGAAAGAGAGAGAGAGUUUGUGGAAUUCUGCGUCCAAUCUGCCGUCUGAUCCAGGCAUGACGCGUCUGAUCUGAUGACACGGACUUGGGUUGUUUCGGGAGCGCGCGCGCGCGCGCGCGUGUGUGUGUGUGUGUGUGUGUGCGCGCGCAGGGUUUGGAGAGGUGUUCACUCUGUCAACACCCCGCUAGACAUGUGAGUCCGUCUGCCUGUCUGUCUGUUGCUCAGUCUGUGGAUGGUUUCGCGUCUAAUCUGUUGAGUCGGAAGCGUCUUACGUAACGCGCGCGCGCACGCGCGUGUGUGUGAUGUGUGUGUGAUGUGUAACAGCUCGAGCCGGAGCGCGCUGACUGUCUGAUCUCUGCGCGUCAGACUGCUUUAACUCAGACCAGAUUUUACAGGUUUAAAGGGUUUGAGCUAGAUACAUAACCCCUGUGUGUGUGUGUGUGUGUGAGAGAGAGAGAGAGAGAGAGAGUGUGUGUGUGUGUGUGUGUUUGCGUGCGUGCCUGCGGGGGAAGUAAAGACGCAGCUCGUGAAUUCAAGAAGACACAGUCGGAUUUAUUCCGUUUUUUUUACCCAGGACAGACUGAAAUGAUCUCGGUCACUUCCUGAAUAUUUGUCGCAGAGUGGAUCGGAUCGGAUCGGAUCUAAAGUGACAGCUGUGGGACUGGAUCCCAUGGAUUCGACCCAGCACUGUGACCCAUGGGGAUCCACCCCGCGCUGAGAUUAGGGGCUUCUGAUCGAUAUUUCCGAGCUGUUUGACGAGUUCCCGCCUCGGUAAGCCUGGGCUUUGGACUGCAGUAGCUCUGCACAGCCAACAGGUUGCACUAAUUCUCCUUGAGAGAUGGAUUGUUGGCUGAACCUCAGCAAUAAUCCAGCCAAGAAUAUAUCUUUACCCACGAGAGGCCUGCUGCAGACCCCGGGGAGCACCGUACCCACCAGCUCCUCUUCCACCGACGUCUCAAAUGGACUGAGCAGCGUUAACGUUCACAGGGAGCCACAGAUGGGACAAAACAACCAGGAGCAGGACACUAAAGCCUCCAAGAUGCAGCAAAGGCCGAAGGAAGGCUUUCAUCUCAAGGAUAACCUGACACUUUUGGACGAGAGCAUCGCGGAUUUGAACCGUACCUCAGAAGACUUCAGAACCCCGGACACAUUCGCAUUCAAAAUGGAGGAGUUUUCCCCCUUGGAUAAAUCUGACUAUGACUUCAGCUCCUAUGAUCAGACAGAAAAAGAUGAGUCUGGAAACGACAGACUGAUAGAAGAGAACACGAUGGAUAUCCUACAGAGUCUGGAGCUACCUGGAUCUCUUUCAGACCUCAGCGAGUUUUGUGUGACAAACGUUGAUGCUUUUUUCCCGUCCCUGGCUGUGGAGGAGGUGGUAGGCAGCAGCAUGCUGAAGGAGACUAAACCUGCUCUGGCUGGAGAAAACAUUAACGGAAAUGAUAAAGCACAUCCACAGCAGACUCUGGAACAAAACGUUAAUGUUCCUGUCAUUAAGACGGAGAAGGAUGCUGAUUUUAUUCAGUUGUGCACACCUGGUGUGAUCAAGCAGGAAAACGAGAGGAGAGGGUACUGUCAGAUGGCAGCCAUGCCCGGGCACCCUGUCUCGUCCAUCAGUCUGAGCAUGGACAGCCCGUCAUACCACUAUGGAGUCAGUACCUCUUUACCGGACCAGAAGCCGGUGUUGGGCUUGUUUGGCACUUUGCCCCCUGGUGCUGAUGGCUGGGUUCAAGGAAAUGGUUUUGGGGAUGUGUCAGGGAUGCAGAGGGCCAGCAAGUCUCAACCGUGUUCCUCCACCUUCACCUACAGCAGUUCUGUGCUCAGGCCCGAAGCCGGCCCUUCCAGCUCAUCCAAUUCCGCUCGACCCAAAGGCCCGAACAGUAAGGUCUGCCUGGUGUGUUCGGACGAGGCGUCAGGGUGCCACUACGGGGUCCUGACCUGCGGGAGCUGCAAAGUUUUCUUCAAAAGAGCCGUCGAAGGCCAACACAACUAUCUGUGUGCCGGGAGAAACGACUGCAUCAUCGACAAGAUUCGCAGGAAGAACUGUCCGGCCUGCCGCUUUCGCAAAUGCCUCCAGACGGGCAUGAACCUUGACGCGCGAAAAAACAAGAAACUGAUCCGAAUGAAAGGGCAGCAGGCUGCAGCCGAGUCCUCGCCCUUCGUCUCCGGGGAGCAUCAGUCGUCUCUGGUGCUCAAGUCCAUGCCUCAGCUCGUCCCCACCAUGCUGUCUCUGCUGAAGGCCAUCGAGCCUGAAAUCGUCUACGCUGGCUACGACAGCACCGUCCCCGACACCUCCAUACGUCUCAUGACCACCCUGAACCGACUCGGGGGACGCCAGGUCAUCUCCGCCGUCAAGUGGGCCAAAGCCCUGCCAGGUUUCCGGAAUCUCCACCUGGACGACCAGAUGACUCUCCUGCAGUGCUCCUGGCUGUUCCUCAUGUCCUUCAGUCUCGGAUGGAGGUCCUACCAGCAGUGUAACGGAGGCAUGCUGUGCUUCGCCCCUGACCUCGUCAUCAACGAGGAGAGGAUGAAGCUGCCCUACAUGAGUGAACAGUGUGAGCAGAUGCUGAAGAUCACCAACGAGCUGGUGCGGCUCCAGGUCUCCUACGACGAGUAUCUGUGUAUGAAAGUGCUGCUGCUGCUCAGUACAGUACCCAAGGACGGACUGAAGAGCCAGGCUGUGUUUGACGAAAUCCGCUUGUCCUACAUUAAGGAGCUCGGCAAGGCCAUCGUCAAACGGGACGAGAACUCCAGCCAGAACUGGCAGAGGUUCUAUCAGCUCACCAAGCUUUUGGACUCCAUGCAGGAGAUGGUGGAGGGGCUGCUCAACUUCUGCUUCUACACGUUUGUGAAUAAGUCCCUGAGUGUGGAGUUCCCCGACAUGCUGGCAGAAAUCAUCACCAACCAGCUCCCGAAAAUUAAAGACCGGAGCGUCAAGCCUCUUCUCUUUCACCAAAAAUGACUGCCUUAGAUGAUGACAAUGCCUUAUCUCCACGCUAGCCUCGCGGCCCUGAGCAGACCUUCAGCUGUCACGGCUUCGCUGAGUGAGACUGAGUGACUUUCAUUGUUUUUAGGGACUGUGUGUAAUGAUCGCUUGAGAGGAGCAUGAAAAGAGAAAGUUAGAGAGAGACCGUGGCACAGACAAAGACUGGAGAUACACACACACACACACACACACACACACACACACAUGUACACAAGCCAUUUCCAAUUCCUCUUUGUUCUCCUUAAUAUUUUCUGCAGAUGCGCUUGGUUUGGAUCUGCCUCCUCGUAGAUGAGAAGAAAUCUCCCGCGUGUACACUGAUGCAAAGUUUACAAAGAAACAUCACAAAAGGGAAAAUGUGCCUUUACAAAAAAAAAAAAAAAAAAAAAACCCUAAUGUAAAUGACUUACAUGCUUUCUGUGUUCGUGCCUUGUACCUGUGAUGGCGUUUCCUCUCUCCUGUAAAACAGCAGCGUUUGGGUUUCGGCAGCUCAGUAAUCCUCAGGAUGUCAGGAUGGAACCCCUGGAGCCGCGUCAUGGAGAAAAAAAAGAAAAGAAAAGACUAAAAAAAUCCCUUUCCACUGCUAAGCUGAGCUCGAUGCUAUUCUAAAGUGCUUCUCAUUGUUGUUUCAGGUCUUUUGUCGAUGCUUGAAUGUGUUUCAUGCUUUGGUGUGAUCUGUGCAUCCCUGAAUUCACACACCCGCAUAUUCAGAGUUUAAUUUUAAUUUGGUCUGAGAUGCAGCAGGUUUCAUGAGCUGCUGGAGGAACUGGGUGACCUGAGGAACACGUCAAUCGAAAGUGAGGAAACCUUCCACAGCUGUGUUGUUGUUAGUAAAACAUCUAAACGCAGUUCACUUGUUGUGGUUGUUUCACACUGGGAUGGAUUCAUGGGUUGAACUGGGAACUCUGGAGCCGUGAGCCUGUGACGCUCCCUGAUGCACCACAGCGCCUCUACUGGAGGAAUAAUAUCGCAGGGUGACCCAAAAGUCUCCACACACAGGGCUAAAUGACGCGGGAUUUUAAUCAGAGGAAAAGGGCUUUAUUUACGAAACCUCCCCUAACUGAUGGUUGUUUCUUUGUAAACACACACACAGAGUACUGAGAGUGUACCGAGAGCUGUGUUCACACUGCAGGCAAAAGACUCCGAUUCAGAACACUUUAUCAUUAAUCCCAACAAAGGCAGAUUUUAUUUAUAAGCUCCACCCAUAAAAUCUUUUUACUGAUGUUUUUUUUUCCUCAUAUAAUUUAUAGUGAACGUUUCAUUGGGACACACACGCUUACAUAAAAGAUAACACAAAAAGAUCAAUCGUCUAAAAGGAUCCAAUCUGGACCUCGGAUCUGUUUUCCAUAACAGUGUGAAGGACGGCACAAAUCACAGGGAAUCUGAUCUCAGUUCUGACACGGUCGCGGCGCUAAAGGGAAGUUUAGAAACCGAUUACGCAAACUGAAGGAGGGGCUAAAUACCGAGGCCCAGAUCACAUGACACUCCUGCUGUACACAUGUGGCUCGGAGUAGGAGUGAGAUGUGUUGAGAUUAAAGUCAGACGCCACAUUAAAUGAACAGAUGAAAUCCGAUUCGAUCAAAGACGUGUGACUUUGGCCUGCGGUGUGAACGUGGCCUUACGGUACUGCGGUGGCCUUAACCUCGUUCCUUCACAUGAUCUCAGUGCUGAACGUUCUCCUGGUUCAUCCUGGUCUUCACCCUGAUCACAAACUUCUGGGGAUCUAAAAUAAAAAUACUAUUAAACUGAAUCUAAAGUAUUUCUGAAGCCUUUUUCCAGAAGUGUGAUCAUUAGUGCGCUGUGUGUGUGGAGGUUUCUUGGACACCGGGUGUCAACAAAAAACAAAACAUCUCUGAAUCUGCUUCCUGCGUUUGCUUAUCAGCUUGUUUGACACAAAAACUGACACAGUUGGAGCUGAGGAGGUCUUUGCCGGACGUUUGGUUGCGACACCAGUAAGUGUUUUUAUCAGGGGGAAACAGCGCGCUUUAACACAGUACUUCAUCUUUACCCUGGUGUACUGUUGGUACAGGGUGUGUGUGUGUGUGUGUGUGUGUGUGUGUGUGUGUGUGUGUGUGUUCUCCUGUUUGUUUGGAUCCCUCUGUAGAAAGUGUUUAGUUGUAGAAUGCUUGUUUAGACUCUGACCCCGCCGUGUCCUGUGUGUGCUCUCUCCAUGCCAAAGCUCUCUCUCUCUCUCUCUCUCUCUCUUUCUUUCUCUCCUGAUCGUCUGUCUGCUGCUCGGCCUUCUGACUGACAGAAGAGUUUUUAUGCGAGAGAGAUUUGUUGUAUUUUUUCUAAACUGCACCAGCAAAGUCCAGAAGCCGAGUCGUUUUAUUCAUAGCGCUUAAAAGGUUUUGUAUUUUCCUCCUGAACAUUACUGUGUUUAAAAAGAAAGAAUUUAUUCCCUCUUUUUCUCCAAUCAUAAUGUUCACAGACUUUAAAAAAAAAAAAUCUGUAUUUGGGUUUUUGUUCACUCUUGUUUGUUCCUGUUUGAUCCCGUUGGAGUUAUUUUUAUGUGGGUUUGUAACCGUCUGGAAUACAAUUAUUUCCCCAAAUGUAAACGAGCUCAGUUCUGCCCCCUAGGGCUCAGCGAUGUGACAAGAAAAAUCACAUCACGAUACUUCGACACUCGUACGAUAUGAGCGCUGUAAAUGAAAACGGGUUCAAAGUUUUCUGAUUGUUUUAUUCAGUUUUUGAUAAAAGCUACAUUUUAACCCUGAACAUCUUCAAAAAG